AUGGAAACAUUCCGCGGUAUCCCCAUCUCCCGGAUUCGCGAGCACUUUAUGCGCGAAGGCCACAGAAACGAAAUAAAAGGAGAAGAAGCGCGCGAAGAACAAGAAAAGAACCUGCGGAAGAAGGAAAAGGCACAAGCUGAGAAGGCCAAACUUGAGCAGCAGAAGUCGGGGGCAAAGAACAACAUCUCGCAGGAUCUUGCUGCCAUGUACAUCCAAGAUGCCACUCCUGUUCUUGCCGACGAUCGCAAAUCGAGCAAUGUCGAAGACAACACCGCUACAGCUGCAACCUCUACUCAACAACCCAAGCUCUCGAAGCGCCAGAAGAAGACUUUACUCAAGAAGGCCAAGCAAGCCCAGGACGCGACUCCUACCCCUGACCUCGCUGGUUCUCCGAUCACUGGUGACUGUGCUUCCACACCUAACGGCAUCAAGCCCAAAGUCUCCGAACAUGAUGAGAGCGAGAAGGACAACAAGGUCGAUGGCGGUGGUCACGAAGAGUCCGAGCACGGCGAUGAGGGUAAGGNNGAAGUCGCUACUGAGUCUGAUGUGGAGGCUGUAAUGGAUACUGUCGCAAAGCGUUUCGGUCAGUGA